GAAGGUGGGCUGGGAUGAUCGAAUGCUGUCAUAAGAGUUUUGUGUGGGGGGGCUCAGAGUGAUUGCAUUCUCCGCCGCUCAACCAGCCAGGUCCGGUUCCUGUUUCUCCAACUUCCUCAGCAGCUCCUAAUACUGCACCCACCAUGCCACCGAAUAGUAAGAAAAAGAAGAAGCCCGCCUCCAACCCGGCUCGAGGCUUCGCAACAGUCUCCGUACCCUCGAAGCCCAAAACAGAGAGCACAACGGAGACCCCACCACCGACUGCUAUCGACUCCAAAUCCACACCGCAGAAUGAACCGCAAGUCCCUCGGGCAGAGGACGGGCCCGCGGGUGAAACAACGUCGAACGCGCCUAGGGCUGGUCCCUCAUUACAAAGCUAUUCCCCGGAAGAACUCGAGCGGCACUUGGAGGAAGCAGAACUACAGAUUCUGGUCGAUAAAUAUGCGGUAAAGUGCAGGAGUGAUGCGGUGCGCCAGGCAACCAAGCUAGAGACCGAAAGGCGAGUCCUUCGACAGCAAUCGGUGUCAUUGAGUCUUCUCGAAUGGCUUCCAACCGAAAUCCAAGACCGAAUUCUUGAAUUGGCUGGUAUUGAAGAGCAUGACUAUCUCAUUUCAAGUGCUCGGAGCACUGGUGCGAAGCAAGUAGUCUCCGAAGAGGAACUAUAUGGCAAGCUCUGGACCCUGAAAGAGACAUUGCUCAAGCUUGGUUUUUCGGAGGAGCGUACAGAAGAGGCACUGAAACAUGUCCUCACCUAUUUCGCAGGCAGUUCCACAAGCACCAGCCGUGAGGUAGCGUGGAAUCUGGACGAGGCGCUGGAAUGGUUGGCAAUGCACAGUGAUAAAAAGGACCUUCCACCAUAUGCACAGCCAGCUGUCCGUCCCCAAAAAGAUGCGGAUAGUGUCACUUCGUGGAUGAUCGACUCGGAGCCAUCAAGGUCAUCUACCCCCAAAUCACAAAAUGAUGGUAAACAGGGAAAGCCUAAGCCAGAUUGGAAAGCUGCGAAAGUUGCGAUGCCCGUGUCAUAUGACUCGGAUAGCUCUAUCGACCCCGACACCAUGGUACCAGAGUGGCUAGAGCUACAGACCAAGCUGUACAGCCUUCAACCAGACCUGUUCGAUCGCCCUGGAAAGGGAAAGAAGGGCCGUGGAGCUGCUGUCGGAGAGUCGGAUGACCCUGAGGUUGCAAAACUGCAGCGGAAAAUCGCUAAGAUCGAACGAGACGUGCUCUUUGAGGCCCAAGAGGCUGAUUUCAUCUGGAGAGGGAAACUGGACGAGCUCCGGAAGGAUGCAGCAUUUAUGCGUGGCCCUGUAGAGCGAAAAAAGCAACCCCAGGCCACGAGAGAUCUAGCAACGGGCGCGACAAAUGGUGGCUCUGAUGCUGAUAGCGUGCCCACAGACGAAAUGGACGAUGACGCUACGGGUCUCCUUGGUGACAUGUUCGAGGCCGAACCUGACGACGGGUCUAUCUUAGGCCUGCCUCCUCCAGUGAUUGAAGCCAAAUUUAUCAUUCGUGACUUUGGAAAAUCCACCGGGUUGAGCCCACGCAGAGUCCUGGAAGAGACAUGUAAAGCCAGAGACUCGGCAUGCAAGGUCGUUUACCAAGAUAUUUCGUCUUCAAGCCACCAAUGCCGAAAGGCCAUUGAAGUUCGAUGGUCCAAACCGCAAGAGCCCCCAUUUCCACUGGUGGUUGACUCGGUCACGCAUAAGUCAAAUGCCUUUACAACUUUCCUCUCAAUGGAUGGUCUCGUGACACCGAACCCACAGCAGGCUGAGGGAUAUGUGUCGACCCUUGCGCUUUUCAUCCUGUUUCCUCAAAAUUCUAAGGAAGGGAAAGCCUACUUGCGAAUCCCUGCAGUCUGGCGUGAUCUUUGGACCGAAUUUUCUAACCUGAAAAAGGCACAGGAAGAUGAAAUCGAUAAAGCUACGGUCAAAGAUUUGAAGCGCCUGGUUGAAGAGAACCAGGGAACCUUUGAAGAUGAUGUCGUGCUUCUAGAUAACUUCCGGAAAAGAAAUGGCACGGCAAGCAAGCCGGGCAGUCCUGUGAAAGGACCUGCUCGAGCCGAUUAUUUCGGUCAGGUUGAGCAGCUACGCGAGAUUUGGGAGGCCAAGACUUCCACUCCAGCCUUUCAACGCAUGAUACAAGGUCGAAUGAACCUCCCCAUCUGGAACUUUAAGGAUGAAAUCCUGAGCACUUUGGACACCCACCAGGCCCUCAUUAUUUGCAGUGAGACCGGUAGCGGAAAGAGUACGCAGAUUCCGUCCUUCAUUCUAGAACAUGAGAUGCUUCAGGGCCGCCAUUGCAAGGUUUACGUCACGGAGCCUCGACGAAUUUCUGCAAUCUCUCUGGCUCGACGUGUCAGCGAGGAACUCGGUGAAAGCAAGAGCGACGUCGGGACUAACCGGUCACUCAUCGGUUUCGCUGUGAGGUUGGAGAGUAAGAUCAGCUCAGCUACUCGUCUAGUAUAUGCGACCACUGGCGUGGUGGUGCGUAUGCUCGAACGACCUGAUGACUUCAGAGACAUCACUCACGUCGUCCUUGAUGAGGUCCACGAGAGAACAAUCGACAGUGAUUUCCUUCUCGUUGUCCUCCGCAGACUGAUGCAGAAGCGCACUGAUCUCAAGCUCAUUCUCAUGUCUGCAACUGUUGAUGCGCAAAGAUUUUCCAAGUAUCUCGGCGGUGUUCCGGUCCUCAAUAUCCCCGGGCGGACUUUCCCCGUGGAAAUGAAGUAUCUGGAGGACGCGGUGGAGAUGACAAACUACCGUCUUUCAGAGGAUGAGUCGAACAUUGUGAUCGAUGAGGAUCUGGACGAUAUCUCUGACAGCACGGGUGACAAUAUUGGAGGCUUGCAGGCCAGUCUCGAUGGCUAUUCGAAGCAAACCAAGGAAACGAUUCUUAAGUUUGACGAGUACCGCAUGGAUUACCAGCUGAUCAAGAAGCUGCUCUUGAAGAUUGCCACUGCUCCUGAGAUGGAACAUUACAGUAAGGCAAUCCUGGUCUUCAUGCCCGGUCUAGCCGAAAUUCGUCGCUUGAAUGACGAAAUUCUCUCCGAGCCGACUUUCCAAAGAGGCUGGAUUGUGCAUGCUCUGCACUCUUCCAUUGCCAGUGAGGACCAGGAGAAGGCCUUCGUCGUGCCCCCAGAAGGCUUCAGGAAAAUUGUCAUUGCCACUAACAUUGCGGAAACCGGUAUCACAAUUCCGGAUAUCACGGCAGUCGUUGACACAGGCAAAGAGAAGAUGAUGCGCUUCGAUGAACGGCGACAGCUCUCCCGUCUUGUUGAGGCUUUUAUUUCUCGCGCUAACGCCAAGCAGCGUCGUGGUCGAGCCGGACGUGUCCAGAAUGGUAUCUGCUUUCACAUGUUUACAAAACACCGCCACGAGAAAUUGCUGGCCGAACAGCAGACCCCAGAAAUGCUUCGCUUGUCUCUACAAGAUCUCGUGCUUAGGGUCAAGAUCUGUAAAUUGGGAGAGGUGGAGCAGACACUUAGCGAGGCAUUGGACCCGCCGUCAUCUAAGAACAUUCGUCGUGCGAUUGAUUCUCUCAAGGAGGUCAAGGCACUCACAAGCAAUGAGAGUCUGACACCAUUGGGAUCACAGCUGGCCAAACUACCACUAGACGUUUUCCUUGGCAAAUUGAUUAUCCAAGGUGCAUUUUUCAAGUGUCUGGACGCGGCCGUCAGUAUUGCUGCCAUCCUUUCCUCGAAGUCGCCAUUUAUCAACACCGUGGGCUCCAACUCGCAGCGUGAUGCCGCGCGGAACUCCUUCCAGAGAGGGGAUUCGGAUCUUUUGACCGUGUACAACGCCUAUUGCUGCUGGAAGCGUGCCAGGACUACUCCAGGCAUGAGCGAGUUCUCUUUCUGCCGGAAGAACUUCCUCAGCCCACAGACGCUCCUAAGUAUCGAGGAUAUCAAAAUGCAACUGGUAGUCUCUAUCGCGGAUGCAGGCCUCAUUACACUCGAUGGAGCCCAAAAGAUUGCUCUCAAUAGGGCGCGGUCAACGAAUCGCAAUCGCCAACUAUUUAACAUCCCCGAGCAGCACGAUGUCAACAGUGCUAAUGACACGGUGAUUAACUCGGUCGUUGCUUGGAGCUUCUAUCCGAAGCUCCUCAUCCGCGAGGGCAAGGGCUGGCGCAACGUCGCAAACAACCAAGCCGUCACUUUACAUCCGACGUCGAUCAACAAGCGCGCCGACCCGGCGAUCAAGUGGCUCUCAUACUACCACAUCAUGCAGGCGCGCAACCGGAAUCUCAAUGCACAUGAAACGAGUGCAGUGGACGAUUUUGCGAUUGCCUUGUUAUGUGGAGAGGCCGAAUUCAAAUUGUACUCCGGGGUGAUCUCUAUUGACGCCAACCGUGUCCGCUUCGCAACACAUACCUGGAAGUCCAUGCUGGCCUUGAAGAUUCUAAACUCUCGUCUUCGUGACCUGCUCGCAUCCACCUUCCGCUACCCGCACAAGCCACUGUCCUACAAGCAACAGCAGUGGCUAGAUAUAUGGCAGCAGAUAUUUACGCUUGCGGGCAAGAAGUAGCACAGAAUGGAGUUGUACAGCAAGUACAUUCAUCCUUUUGUUGCUUCGCUACUGCCACAGAUGCUUCUUGUCCUAUCUGUAAAUCCUUGCGUUUUCUUUUGUCAAUUUCGGAAAUGGGCAUGGGCAUGGAAAGGGCCCCAAGACCCUCAGGACAUUGAAUCAGAAACGUGCAAUGAUAGAUGUGCCAUGAUUUGAAAUGUUUAAGAUGGACAUAGACGGGCGGUUUGGAUUGGUUAUACCCUGGACAGGAAUGGGUGGGAUCUGGUUGGAAAGAAUUUCGCAUCAUACAGCAAAGCAUAGAAAAUGUGCAUUUUGAUAGAUUAUCCUUAUUUGACCUCGGGCUGGAUUGUAUGAAGUGUAUAGUUCCUGCAGCACGAAUCGACUAAUGAUGGGUAUGGAUGAAAUCUGCG